AGUGGGGAACGCCAUGGCCGAGCGGCUGUCGGAGGAGCAGAUCGCCGAAUUCAAGGAGGCUUUUUCCCUUUUUGACCGGGAUGGAGACGGUUGCAUCACCACGAAGGAGUUGGGCACCGUCAUGCGCUCGUUGGGGCAAAACCCCACCGAAGCGGAGCUGCAGGACAUGGUGGGGGAGGUGGAUGCCGACGGCAGCGGCACUGUCAAUUUCCCCGAGUUUCUCUCACUGAUGGCGAGGAAGAUGAGGGACACAGACAGCGAGGAGGAGAUCCGCGAGGCUUUCCGCGUCUUUGAUAAGGAUGGCAACGGUUACAUCAGUGCGGCGGAGCUGCGGCACGUCAUGACCAACCUGGGUGAGAAGCUGACGGAUGAGGAGGUGGAUGAGAUGAUCAAGGAAGCUGACUGCAACAAUGAUGGGCAGGUCAACUAUGAGGAGUUUGUGAGGAUGAUGACGGAGAAGUGAAGCCCCCCGU